GUUGCUUCAGACAAUCACAGGAGAGCGAGAGAAAGACACAGGAAAAGAGACAUACAUAUACAGAGAAAAAACACCACAAAGAUAGCCUGAAAAGGGAGUGAGAGACAGAGGGGGAGGUAAAUAUGUGACAGGAUGUGGUUUCCCUGAGCUUGCAGAACAUCGGUAUACAGGCAUACUUUGAGCAUGACCUAAACACACCAAGCUUACAAGUGUGUUUGAGCUCCAUUAGGUGGCGAAGGGGAAGAAGAAGCAAACCGCUGGAGCUGCUGUUGCUGUGCCUGUAGAGCCAACGUACGAUCUGGUUUCUCUGUUUGCCUGCCUGAGGAUUGUGUUUCCUUUAAGCCAGCCGGCUCCACAGCAACCACUGUCAGCAGAACCUCUUCUCCAUCCUCUCUUUGUACUGGUCUCCUUCCAAGUAGAAUGCGUUUCUUUGCUGGAAGCUGUGGUCCAGUUGCUGCCUUCGUAUCCAAGCAGUGAACUUUUCAACGAGAUUGUAAAACAGAGUUUGUGCGCAGAGAGACAGACACACUGUGAAGCCAUGGGCUGUGGGCUGCGUAAGAUGAAGCCAAUGUCGGACGAGUGCAGUCCAGGGAAAAUUUACUCCACCCUGAAGAGACCACAGGUGGAGACCAAGGUGGGCGUGGCCUACACUUACCGCUACCUCGACUUCCUCAUUGGCAAAGAUGGUGGGACGUCCACGCUGCGUCUCUCGUCGGUGCGGGAGCUGCCAGGCCAGCUGCAGGAGCUUUACCAGCAGGGCUUUGUUCUGGCAGCCGUUCACCCGUUCAUCCACCCCUGUGGUCCAGAGUCAAACAGCCCACAGCACCAGCUCUACCGGGCCAUUCUGGUCCGACUCAGUGACGGGGCGGAAAGGAGCCAGUCAGUCUGCCCACCGUACAAACUACAGCUGGAAGAGUGUCUAUCUGCUGAGCAGGUGCCCACCCCAGAGCUCAUCCAGGGCUACGUCAAGAAGCAGAUCCAAGAUGCUGCUGACCAGGGGGUCAUGUUUGUGGGAUUUGUCCAGGAACCCUAUGGGGCCCCAUGCACCAGGAUCAGAGAACCAGACACCCCCUCCCUUUCCCUGCACUCCAGCCCCAGCUCUGUACUCGGUUCCCUGGGCAGCUGCAGCCCCUCUAAUCCCUCAAGCCCCAGAAACAACGCAGAACCUGGAGCUCAAGCUGGCGCAGUGGACAAAGAGGGGAAUGAGGAAGCAUCAUGCGAGGCCGGGGAAGGAGCACCGGGUAGGGAGAACAAUCAAAGUGAGAACACUGAGAACCAUUCAGGGAUCCGGGUGGAGGGCAGUGUGGAUGAGGUCUCGCCAGCAGCAUCUCCAAUAUCAGAGGGAGAUCUGGAGCAUGGUGAGGAGCUGACAGUGGAGGACUCUCCGUGUCACAAUAACAACAAAGACAGUGGCAGAGACACAAAGGAGAGGCCGAGAUACCGUCAGCGAAGGGGCGAAGGGGUGGAGCUGCUCGCUUUGUACAACCACCCGCCAGUCCGAGAGGGCCAGGUGAAGUACUACACUGUCAAGGUGCCGCUGCGUGUUCAAAAUUGUGAUGAGGGGGUCAAAGGUGUGGAGGCCAACUGGCUGGAUCACAUGACCCAACACUUCAACAAUGGAGCCUCACUGGUCGAUGGAUACUUCCACCUGGGCAAUGUGAACGAUAUGCUGCCUAAAUCGGUGGAAAGUGUCUUCAUCUUCCAGGAGGGGAGCGAGGGUGAGCCAAACGUAGCCACCCCGACAUACGACGCCAUCGUAGUGGAGCAGUGGACCGUCAUUGAUGGUUUGCAGGUGAAGGCAGAUUAUGUCCCUCUGCUACAGUCACUGGCCACAUAUGGAUGGAGGCUCACCUGUGUGCUGCCAACUCCUGUAAUCAAGACUAACAGCCAGCAGUAA